AUCUCCAAUGUCCGAGAUCAUCACCCAAUCAACAGAUCCAUCCACAGAUAAAAUGGAGAUCCGGAAAAAAGAGCCAUACCCAUCGUAUCCAUUAAUCGCGUUGUGUUCAACCUUUCUUUGCUACUUUAGAUCUGAUUCUUUACUUGGGUCAAAAAGGAAUUUAGACUUUCUGCAAAGUUCAAUCGAGCCAUUUUUUUCUUUCUUUCUCCUGCUUUUUGAAUAUAUAUUAGAUGAGGAAGUAGUCUGUGUUCAUAGUCUCAUAUGCAAGGUGCGCUCUUAGACAUCUCCUGUACAACCCACUGCAGUCUUUACAGAAAUAACAGCAAUAGCAAGUUACCCAUAACAAGCUCUGGUUGUUCGUCAUGAAUGGUUGCCUUUGUAGGGCUUUGUAUUUGCUGGGUGAUGUUUUUUUUCCCUCUUCCUUUCCUUAUUCCAUAGUUGUUUUACCUUACUAUGCAUCAUCUUUUAUAAUUGAGUUGUUGUAACUUUUGUUUUGAAUGUUUUCUUGAGCCAAGGGUCUUUCAUAAACAACCACUUGACCUUUUUAGGUAGGGAUAAGGUUUGCCUACACCCACCCUAUCCAAAUUAGUACCUUAGGUCAUGUGUUACGGCGGGGCUUGAUGGAGUGCCACAUAGGCACCCUGUAAGCGGUUGGGUAAUGAGUAAAAUACGUGUGUUCUGAGGAUUGAAAGGGGGUCGUGAGUCGUGACCAUAAAUGGGUGGGUAAAUGUGAAUUAUUUUGAUUGAUCAAAAUUAAAAAAAGAAGAAGUGGGCGGCAACCCCCGUGACCACCAUCACUUGAAAAAGUGUCACACAGGUGUUGUCACGGCAUGACGACUGGUGAUCAAACCCGGGUCACACACCAUAACAAAUAAUGUUACUGGGUUGGUGUUGUUUGUAUUUUUGGACUUCAAAUGCUUGGUUUUUGCAUUGUUUUUAAUUAUAAUCUAUGUCUAUUUUUUUAAAAAAAAAAACAAUACAUGUAUAUUUUUUAAAAUCAAUUUGUUGCUUCAUUUCCAUGUGUAUGCAGCUAUAGGUUUCUUCUCAUAGACGAUUAUGAAUCAUUGGGCACACAGGCUACCUGACUCUGUAAGCCGACUCGAGCUAGGGAAUGAGAUCAUUUUUACAACCUUAAAACAAUCACUCGAUAUACCAGACAGUCACAAGGAUGACAGUGUACCUAUCUGUGCUAUGGAGGGCAGGGAUGCUUCUUCAACUACAGAACAGCCUAACCUUGGCGCUCGUGCGCCAACAUUGGACCCCCAAGCUGAUGCUGCGAUCAGGUACCUUACCCAGAUACUAAUGGAGGAUAGCUUGGAUGAGAAUGAUCAGAGCUUGUCCUAUGAUCCCAUUGCUCUUAGGGCUGCUGAGAAUUCCUUUUACGAGGCCCUCCGUCAGAACCCUUCACCCCCUCAUCAAGAACCUCUCUUUAUUAACAAUAAUUCCGAAAGGCCGCACUGUGCAACAGACAGCAGUUUUGAACCUGACCGGUGGAUUGUCGACCAUGAAGAACCAAAAUCUUUUCUGGCGGGUGAUCCUCCCGAGUCCUCUUUCCGAUCAUCAAGCCAACCUAACACAGGUUCCACUAGAAGCAAGAAGCAUAACCAUCCAGAUGAUACUGGGUUAGAAGAAGAAAGGAGAAGCAAAUAUUCUGCAGCUUGUAAGGAGGAGGAGGAGGUUGAGUUGUGGGAGAUGAUUGAUAAGCUGUUGAUUUCUACUGAUAAUAUCAUAGUUUAUGGGGUUCCAUCUGUGGUUGGUGGCAAGGGAACACAACAGAACGGACGAAGUGGCAUGAAGAGCCAUUCCAAUAGAAAACGAGAUAACACCGAGGUCGUGGAUCUGGAGACUCUUUUAAUGAGCUGUGCGCGGUCUAUUGCUGCUUUCGAUCACGAGUCUGCACAAGAAGAAUUGAAGAUGAUCAAGAAGCACUCGUCGCCCACUGGGGAUGCCAAUCAAAGGAUGGCUCAUGCAUUUGCGAAUGCUCUUGAGGCACGGCUUAAUGGAACAGGCCCAGAACUCUAUGCGGCCUUAGCUCCAAAUAACAUGAUACCUUCUGAGAUGUUGAAAUCCCAUCUUACCUCAUGGCCAAUCGCAAGGAUAUCAUAUUUCCUCUCAAACAAAACGAUCCAUGAAGUAGUUUCGAAAGGUACAUCUGUGCAUGUCAUAGAUUUCGGUGUGUUUUUUGGCAUCCAAUGGCCCACUCUUAUCCGGGAUCUUUCACAAAGACCCGGAGGCCCUCCUAAUCUUCGAAUAACUGGAAUCGAGUAUCCUCAACCCGGGUUUCGCCCCGAACAGAUGGUAGAGGAGACUGGUCGUCGCUUGGCAAAGUAUUGCGAGCAAUUUGGCGUUCCAUUCGAGUACAAUGCCAUAACAACAAAGAGUUGGGAGAAAAUCAAAAUUGAUGAUUUGAAGCUCGCAAAAGGCGAGCUUGUAGCCGUUAACUGUCUCUUUCGACUGAAAACCCUAAUGGACGAGACCGUUGGCGAGGACGACAACCCAAGGGAUGCAGUUCUCAACUUAAUUCGGGAAAUAAAUCCCCGCGUUUUUGUGCCGACCGUGCUCAGCGGGUCCCACAGCUGUCCUAUCUUUCUCUCCAGGUUCCGAGAGGCCUUUCUAUUCUACUCCACUGCCUUUGACAUGCUUGAUGCGACAGUUCCAGACGACGGUAGCAGGCUGAGCUUCGAGCGAGAAUUCAUAAGGCGCGAAAUAAUGAAUGUCAUUGCUUGCGAGGACACGGAGAGGGUAGAGAGGCCCGAAACGCACAAGCAGUGGCAAUCGCGGUUUGUGAGGGCCGGGUUCAGGGCAAUGCCCGUGAACCAGAAACUUGUGAAGAAGGUGAAAGACAAGGUGGAGGUAGGAUAUCACAAAGACUUUGUGUUUGAUGAAGAUGGCCAUUGGGUAUUGCAGGGAUGGAAAGGCCGGACCAUUUGUGGUACUUCUUGCUGGGUGCCAACCUCUCAUUAUGGGUGAAGCCAUUAUUGUUGUAUGCGUAUGUUGUUUAUCUCUUUGGUUGUGGUUUCAUUGUGAGUUGCAUAUUUGGUAUUUCAGCUAAUUUUUCUCUUUUGUAUUUGUAACGAUAAAAUUGACAAUUUGUCAUAAACCGAGUGGAUUUAGCCAAAAUUGAGAGUAGAUAUAACGUCUUAAUUACUCAACAACGGUCGACUUCAAAUCUUUAAUUAAAUAAAUGAUUUGAGUGGAA